AUGCGCAUUGGAAAAGAUUCAACCUCAUUACCGACAACCAAUCCAUUGGACACUCAUGAUGCAUUGCGUUACAUUUGGCUGACCUGGCGCUUAACGGGAAUACAUCCAGUCGACACACACUACCGUAUCUAUUGGACAUAUUCACUGUUACUGUUCUGCGCAUUGGUGCUCUUUACCGGACUUUAUCUUGGAACCUUUGCCAUACAAAAAAAUUUUACCGAAGUGUUGGAAAGCUUCAGCCUGUUAAUUCCACUAAUCUAUACCUUCUCAAAACAGGGCAUCAUUUGUUAUCACAUUCGCGGUGAUUUACCAAAGGCGGCAUCGCAUUUGCAUGCGUUGGACAGGCGGGCCGAGCAGUAUCCGGAGGAUUGUGCCUAUCUAAACCGAAAAGUACGUCAAUGUCAUAACAUCUGCAUUGCAACGCUAACGGGCAUUACGAUUUGUUUGGUGCUUUAUGCGUUGGUGGGAAUAGUCCAGCACGAAUUGCCCUAUCAAGGUUGGAUGCCUUUCGAUUGGCAACACUCCAUGGGAUUUUAUGCAUUGGCCUGUGCUUUCCAGAUUUUCUGUCUGUGUAUAACAACAACUACCACUAUAUGUAAUGAUAUAUAUUCGGUGGUAUAUUUGUUGCUUUUGGUGGCUCAUUUACGCAUCUUAAAUGAUCGCAUUGGGCGGCUAGGAAGCGCCUGUGAAUUCGAGUACGAGUAUACGAACGAGAGCCACAAAGAAAUGGAAAAUUAUCAACAGCUUGCGGACUGCGUGCAAGAUCACAAGGAGUGCAUGAGCUUCUACAAUUGCAUACGGCCUGCCAUUGCGGCAACCAUGUUCAUUCAAUUUCUCAGCACUGCUUUUGCGCUCUGUACAUCUGCUGCUGCUUUCGUGAGCGAAGAUUUUAGUUUGUUACAGUUGAUGAAAUUUUUUCUUUAUUUUGUAUUUGUACUAUUUGAAAUUGCUCCAUGCUGUUUGUUUAUGGACGAAGCUCUAGCUGAAAUGCAUAAAUUGACUAAUUCACUGUUUUCAUGUCGUUGGUAUGAGCAGGAUCACAAAUUUCGUCGUUCUCUGAUUAUUUUCAUGCAACGCUCACAGGUAGCGGAUAAAAUAUUGGCUGGAAAUAUUGUACCGGUAUCAUUGGAUACAUUUGUUAAGAUUAUAAAAUUUGCCUUUUCUUUGUUUACACUACUCAACCAACUCAAGUAA